CGCGAACCUCGUGGCUUAUCAAGGUGCAGUCCUUUCCUUAAUUUAUAUUUUAAAAUUUAAUUUUAAGAAAAAUAUAACUGUCAAAAUAAGUUAGUGCUCGAAGAAGUGGGGUGACCCAUCUCCGCUGAAGUUAAUGAAGAUAUCUAAAGCAAAAGUAUGGAAAAGGCAAGUACACCAAGAAACCGCCUGACAAGGUCUUCAGCGAAACAGGUAAAUACUCCUAAAAAUGUUGAGCAAGACGAAUCAAUAGAAAAAGAAGCAGGCGAAGAUGUCAAACAGAACGUGCGUAAAUCAAGACGCAAGAUUACGCAAAAUGAUUCUAAAAGAAAGACUAAUGGUGAUACAACCAACAUUGAAAAUAAAAUUAGCAAUGAUGAUGUGGAUGAUAGGGGUAAAUUGGAAAACCUGAGUUUGAAUGAUAAAUCUCAAGAGUCUCCUAAAUUAACACCCAAAAAAACACCUUCGCCUUCAGGUUCUAGAAGAUCCCUCAGACCUCGUCGUAGUUCAACUUCAUGUUCAGAUUUAGUAGAUUCAGGUAAAAAAAUAAAACGAUCAUCGAGUUCCAGUAAAUUAGAUUUAAUUUCUACACCAACAAACAAGAGAGGUAGAAGGGCCCAAAGUGAAAGUAAAGACUUUGUUUUUACACCUAACGCAACUAGUGAAAACAUUUCACACUCUUUGGUGAGAAAAAUAGAUAAAAUUGAUGAAGUAAAUGAGGGUGAAAAAUUAAGUGAUGAAGAAAGGGAUAACUGUAAUGAAAACAUAAAUGUCUUGACCGAAAGAGAUAAAAAGAAUAGUGAGCCUCUUGAAAACAAUGUAAGUAGCCAACAGUCUGAAAAUGAAAAUAAUUUUAGUAAUCAACAGACUGCAGCCAAGGUUAGUACAGUGUCUAAAGAAACUGAUUCUUUAACUUGCCCUAAAACAGAAGACUCGUUAGAUCUAAUUGUGAACAGUCCAAAUUGUGCCAAGAUUAACAAAGAUGAAAACGUUGAUUUUUCUCAACCAAGUUCUUGUUCCUCAAAUCUUAAUGCAGUAAAUACAAAUUUGGAUGUGGAAAUUAAAACUAACAUUGAGGUUGACAAUAGUAAGCUGUCACAAGAGAUUCCUUUACAUCCCACAGUCAUUGAAAUUUCACAAAACACAACAGUAUCGGUAGAAGAUGAUGAAUCCUUAGUAUGCGGCAACGCUAGAAAAGAACCAAAUGAAUCUACAUGUGAAAGAGAAACAACUAACAAAGAUAAUAAUGAUUUAACUGAAUCCACUGAUAUUGACUUACCUGAAGUUAAAUCUAAUAAAUCAGAUAUAGAAGAUGUCAUCAUUAUGAAGGUUUCAAAUGGAAGCACUGAGAAUAUUCUGCUGAACACUGACAAUAUUUCACAAAACACAACAGUAUCAGUGGAAGAUGAUGAAUCCUCAGUAUGCGACAACGCUAGAAAAGAACCAAAUGAAACUACAUGUGAAAGAGAAACAACUAACAAAGAUAAUAAUGAUUUAACUAAAUCCAUUGAAAUUGACUUACCUGAAGUUAAAUCUAAUAAAUCAGAUAUAGAAGAUGUCAUCAUCAUGAAGGUUUCAAAUGGAAGCACUGAGAAUAUUCUGCUGAACACUGACAAUGAUGGUACACGUGAAUCUCUUAAUUUGAAUACCACAGAAACAAACCAAAUAAAAUAUGAUGACUCUGGUAAAAAAGAUGAAGAGUUGAAAAUUAGUAAACCUGUUAUCAAAUGUGAUGAUAAUGAUGGUAGUCCAAAUAAAUCCAAUGAUGAGUUUGUUAAACUUGAAGUUUAUGAUGAGUCUGUAAUUGAGGAACAAACAAACCAACAGGUAAAAGACAGUAUGGAAGAACACUUGAAACCCUGUGAUGAUAAUGAAAUAUCUUUGGAUGUUGAUAAUAAUUUUGGAAAACAAUCUGAAAUUAAGUGUAAAAGUGCUGUUUCUGAUAUUAACCUUGUUAUAUCAUCAGACUCUGAAGAUAGCAUCACCAAAGAAGAUACAGGAAAUUCCAUCCCUAUAAAAUCACUAGAAAAUAAUGAGCUUUACAUUGAACAUGAUCAAAUGAGUAUACAGGAUGUCAAUCAAAAGACAUUUGAAACUAAAGUUGAACAGGCUGAAGGAGAAGAUGAUCCCAAUAAACUCAUUUUUAAGGAAGAUUCCGGAAUAAUUGCUUGCAAACAAGUUGAGAAUAACUCAAAUUGUAUAGAAUAUUACAAUUUAGAUAAUACAACAGCCAAAAGUGAAGCAGUAUUUGAUAUUUGUAAACCCAAUGAUAUUGAAUGUGCUAUCACUAACAGAAUGGAGGAAAUGCCUGUGAUUAAUUUGGUUGAUACAAAGAACGAGACAUCAAAUACUCAAAUGGAAAAGUCACAUACAAUUGAUACGGACUGUUCAGUUCCACGACAUUCCUCCUCAGAUACCGAACUUGAAGAUACAGAAUGUCCCUCUAUCAUAGAUAGUGCAUCUAAACAGAAUAAAGUACAAGACGAAUGGCUGAAUAAUAACUUCCAACUGGACAAUCAGAUUUCUGAUCAGACUGAUCCAAGCUUAGAUAAAGAAUUAAAACCACAGGAUGAAAACAAUUGUGAUGAGAAAGGAGAUCAAAUUAAUGAAGAAGAAGACUUAGAUAAAUCUGAAGAAGGCUCUUGUGACAUUUACAAAGGGUUGUCUGACAGCGGUUCAUAUUCGGAUGAAAAUGAAGAAGUUUGUGAUCUUGAUGAAAGUGCUUCUUCAGAGAUAAAUGAUGAAACUGGCGACAGUGAAUAUGUUUCUUCAGCAGAAGAGGAAGAAGAAAGUGAAGAAGUUAAAAAUGAGGUCUUAAAUGACCUCGGCUCUGAACCAGUUGACAUUAAGUCUAAAGGAUUAAUCCUUUCCAGGGAUGGUGAAAAGGUAAAUGAAAAAAAUCCCGAUAGUCCCAUGACUUAUGACAAGGUUCUAUCAAUUAUAAACAAAAAUCGUGUAAAAAAAAUUGAUGAUGAAGAGUUUUUUGACAUGUUCACUGAAGAAUUGAACAGAGUAUCAGAGCAGUCAGGAUCAGAUUCAGACAUAGCUAUUGUUGAUGAAUAUUUGAUGGAACCUGAAGAACCGUCGAAUAAAAAUCUACAAAAAUCUGGUAAUAAUCAAAUCACAAAACAAAUCCCAAAACAAAUGGGCCCAGUUAUUUCACACCAACCUACACCUCCAGAACACUACACCAGUGGUUUAAAUCAAUCACUCCAAGCCCACCAUGGCGCUGCUAUGAAUCAGCAAGGCCAUCCUAUGUCCACUCAACAGAGUCAUCUUGCAAUGCAAAGAACCUUCACACAAGGCCCCAUGUACCAACAGUUUGAUCAUAACAUGCAUCUCAGGGAACAUCUAAUGUACAAUCAAUAUGCGCAUCCUUCAAGUAGCAUGCAAGAUCCACAAAUGUUUAAUCAAUCAAUGGGCCACCCGGAUGUCAAUUAUGGUAGUGGUAUCUACAAUCAGCCCCAACCUUUAGGCCCUGUUUCUGAGCCUCCUUAUCCCCCAAAUAGCACUUCUCUAAAAGUGAGAACUAUAGCUGAUAUGAACACUGCCCAGUCCUUGAACUAUAAAAACUAUAAUAAGUCGGACCAAGCUACAGCAGAUGAACAUGAACGAAAUGAAAGUAUUUAUUUUAAGAAAGACUCAAUAUCUGUCCAUGAUAAUAUGCCAAGUAAUUCAGAUACCACCAAAAGACAAGACGGUUCAAAUAAAGUUCUAAAAUCAAGAACACCAAUAUUGGAUCUGUUAGGACUUGAUGAAAAGGCUCUUAAACUGUUGAAAAAAGUGUUGGGUCUCAAUUCAAUAAAAAGAAAGCUGAUGAAACGUGAUCUAGAAUGGCAAAAAAAAUGUCUGGAAAGAAGUAUUUUAAAAAGUAAACUAAGGCAACGAGGAAGAAAGAGUGAAACUAGGUUUAGAAAUUUGAAAAGGUACAGAGAAAGUGAUUCAUCAUCAUCGAGUCAAACAUCUCAAUCCAGUCAAGAAUCUUCUGUUACAAGCAGUGAAUUUUCCAACACUAACACUACAAAUGGAAGUUCUAGUGAAAAUGAUAACAGGAAAAUAAAUAUAGAAGAUGGAAGUGUAUAUGUAACUCUAAAAAAUAAAAAUAGACCAAGGCAUCACAAUGAAAAAAAUAUUCCUUAUACCAAAAGAAUUCGCUACCUUGGACCAGAUAAUUCUGAAAAAUUUAAACCAGCGAGGAAAAUGAGAAAGAGACAUGAUAGCUCAACUUAUGAGCAUUACUCAAAAGAGAUGACAAAAAAACAACCCUCUAUUGUGAUAUCCAAGAGUGGAACUUUCACCGUUGAUCCGUUGACAGCUACAAGUCAAAGUAGCGACUCUGAAGUAUACUUUGAUGAGAAGGUUCAAGCUCGACUCAAGAAGAAAAUGAGGAAUGACCUUGUUUCAGGGAGAAAUAAAUUGUCAAACUUGUUUGCACAAUGUUCUUCCAAAACAUCCAAGCUGUCAAGGAAGAGGGUUUUGGAGUCUCUUCAAGAAACCAAGGAACCUUUGACAAAACAUAAGCUGAAAGAAUUGAAGAAGUUACCAUCAGAGAUUUUGGAGACUCUUGCAAAUGAGGACAAAGAAAAGAAAAGGCAACGGGCAGAGGAGUCAGAUUCUGACACUACUAGUGAAAGACCAAAGAAAAUUAGGAAGAGAAGUCGAAAGAUGAAGGUUAAAAGCAAAGUCUCGGACCAGAAUUACAUUCCAUUUGUCACUGGAGGAGCCACUGAGUUCGGUCUAAGCCGCCUGGACAAAGACGGAACCUUGACCUUGGCUGAGAAAGCUGCCAAGUUUAGAACAGACCAGUUGUAUGGAGCUUCUGUCAAGAGAAUCACUAUUUUGGACUUGAAACAUCCAAGGUGCAGACUGAGACAUGAGUAAAGAGUUGAUGAACGUCAAGAAAAAGCAAGAGGUAAAUGUGACCUUUACCAAGAAGCGAAUGUCAAGAAAGAAGAACACCGAGUGAGACUGGUGCAGCUGGCAAGAGGUUACAAUUUAGUUACUAAGCCACGGCAUUAUUAUACAUACAUUAAACCCUACAGUAAUGAUUUGUUCAGUGAUAAGUGUUCCAUGUGGUAAGGAAGGAACCCCCCCUUUUCACUUUUAAGUGAUUCGAUUUAUUCCAAUCUUGCUAGGUUUAUUUUGUUCAUAAAGAGAUUGAUGAAAUUAGAUUGUAGUGGGUGUAAAGAUAAACAUUUCAUAUUUAACUUGCUAUAUUUUGAUUUUGUAAUGAUUUUCAAUGAUGUAGUAAAUACUUUUUGUAACGCAUUAGUAAUAUGGUUUUCAUAAAUGAAUAUUUUACACUCAAAAAUAGGAUAAGUUGAUGUUUGUUGUAUUGGUUGAUUUGUAAGACUGAGCGUGCUACCUAACGCACAUUAUAUUUUGAAUUUUAAAGUUGCAGUUUAUCCUCUUGAUAUGUUAAAGACAGAAGCUUUACUGAUCUUUGACAGUGUAUUCGUAAGAUUUGCAAAGCAAUCUAUGUUCCUUUAUUAUUAACUUUUAAAUUUGUACUUUACUCCUUAGUGUUACUAUUUGUAAGAUGUUAAAGGAGGAUAAUUUGUUUUGAAAUACAUAUUGUGAGGUUUAGUACAUUUGAUUUACAUAGUUGAACUGAUAUCUUAUACAACUGUGUUCAAAUGAUCACACAAUUGGUUUUUCUUUCUUGUGAGGCUGAUAAAUUUAAGCUGUAUUCCCAGUAUUGCCCACAGAGCACAGAAGGUCACUUUAGCAGUAAAUACUUUUUUAUAUUCUCAACAUUUGUAUUCUCUGAUACUUAAUAGAAACUGCUGUAAAUUUGUUAUUUUGUUUGUAAAUGUAAUUAAACGUUUUGUUCGUGGUA